AUGCGUUCCUUCUCUCUUACCGCUAGUCUCGCCGCGCUCUGCAGCGCAGCACCAUACGGACAGCAGACGCCACUGAAAAACAUUCUGGAAAACACCGACAAGAGUGAAAAAUACACAUAUCCAACCGAUUUCACCAGGGAGAUCAUCCCGAAGCCGUUCCAUAGCCACAACGACUACUGGCGUGAUGUUCCCUUCUACUCGGGAUUAAGUCAAGGCGCCAUAUCAACAGAAGCCGAUGUGUGGCUACUAAACGGCACACUAUAUGUCGGUCAUGAACCCGCUGCCUUGACCGACAAGCGCACUCUCCAGUCUCUGUAUCUGGAGCCCAUCCUUGACACUCUGCAUCGCCAAAACCCAAGCACUCGAUUUGUGCAGCCUGGCGAGCAGAAUGGCGUGUUCGACACCUCCAGUGGACAGACUCUUUACUUCUUUAUUGAUCUGAAGACUGCUGCUGACGAGACCUGGCCUGCUGUUCUCGAAGCCUUGGAACCUCUGCGAAGCGGCGACUGGCUGACUACCUACGAUGGCACGACUCUGCGCAAGAACCCCGUCACCGUCAUUGGAACUGGAAACACCCAACUUUCUGACGUCCUAGCAUCGUCUCCGCGUGACGUGUUCUUUGAUGCGCCACUUGCUGAGCUCAACGAUGUCAAGUACCAAGAUCUCACAGCCAACGAGUCGCCGAUUGCAUCUACCAAUUUUGCAUCAUCCUUUGGUGAAGUGCGUAAGCGUGAGUUCAACGAUACGCAGCUAGAGACUUUGAGAGGCCAACUUGACAUGGCUCAUGAGAAGGGAAUCAUGGCUAGGUACUGGAAUCAGCCAGACUAUCCUAUUGGCACGAGGAACGCGGUAUGGCGGAUUCUUUGGGACGAGGGUGUUGACCUGUUGAACGUUGAUGAUCUUGCGGGCGCGGCUGCAUUCUGGGAGGGAACUGCGAAGAUGUUUCCUCCAUCGCAGGGCUUGCGAUUGGACAUUGAUGCCAUCAGCCAGAUAUUUGGCUCCAUCAGUAUCGCAUGCUGGAUAGUGGUUUUUUCACCUCAAAUAAUUGAGAACUGGAAGAGAAGCUCGGCAGAGGGCCUUUCGGUAGUCUUCAUUGUGAUAUGGCUUCUCGGGGACUUCUUCAACAUCAUAGGUGCAGUACUGCAGGGUGUGCUGCCAACGAUGACCAUCUUGGCGGUGUACUAUACGCUAGCCGACAUCGUGCUAUUGCUGCAGUGCUUCUACUACAAGGGCUUUACGUUGCGCGAUGAUUUUAAGAAACCGAUGGAUGAAUCCGAUGAGGAUAGUGAAGCUAGCGAGCAGUCACCGCUUCUUCCGCACCGUAGGCCGCAGUCAAGUGGCUCACCCUAUACAAACGGCAACGGCAAUGGGAUCGAGGUACAGAGACCGCGCAUAUCAGACAUCGACAGACGCGGCUCAAGCCACUCACAAGGCUCAUUCCGCGAACGAUACCUCUCUAUUGAUGGCACGCACCUUUCGCCUGUCACACCACUCCACGAUGACUCUACUAUUGCACACCAGAAUGGCGCGGUCGCAGCCAAACCUCAGCCGGCCCAGUCCAGCCUGCAAACAAUCAUCUUCAACCUUGGUACCAUCGUUCUUGUAUGCGCGGCCGGCGUCUUCGGUUGGUAUCUCAGUGCCCGGAACUCCACCGCUCCCAAUCAGCCAGAUGACCAGGACUCGUCUCCCGAAUCAACACUGCACUUCAACCUUUGGGGCCAGAUCUCCGGCUACGUUUGCGCCGCACUCUACCUUGGCUCUCGUGUCCCACAGCUCCUGCUUAACUACCGCCGCAAAUCUACCGAGGGCAUCAGCAUGCUAUUCUUCCUGUUUGCUUGCUUAGGUAACUUGACAUAUGUGUUGAGCAUUUUGGUCUACAAGCCCAAGUGUGGGGGUCAUGUCUGCCAGGGUGGCGAGGGACGUGCUGAGUACGGCAAGUACAUUGCGGUCAACAUGAGCUGGUUAUUGGGCAGCUUUGGCACGUUGUUGUUGGAUGCUGGUGUGUUUGUACAGUAUUUCUUGUAUAAGGUGGACGAUGACGAGAGUGACGAAGAGGAACAACACCAAACCAAAACGUGCAAAAACCUCCCCAUGCCGAAGAACGAGCAUCUCAAAGGGGUCGUCUCCUUAGCCGCCGCCAAAGCAGAAGCUAUUAUCCACACCUAUCCCACACACUUCUACGAUAUCGAGGAAGCAAAAGCAUAUGUUGAUGCUGCCUGCGAGAAAGUCGACCUCAAGUACAUCACUAGCAAGCACAUGACAGAGGACGAAAUGGAGUAUGUGAAAGAUAGGGCCUGCUUCAUAGUAGCUGCCAAAGCUUUCGGGCAGGGGGAGUUCUAUCUGAAGGUCGAGUUAGCCGAUCCAAGAGCUUUGAGGGCCGCCGUCGAAGCCGACAUUAAACGCCUGCUCCCCUUGGUGUCUUAUUGGCCAUCAAGCUUCCUCAGUGUGCAACAUGCCACUCUUCACAUCGAAAGAGUUGCACGAUGGUCACGGUUCGUGUAUGAGCAAUUCGAAGGGGUGGAAGAGAAGAAGUUCCGAGCCUAUGUCAACUUUAACACGGCCAGGCAUGCUUUCGAAGCAGGCAGGUUUGACAUGAAUACACCCGGUAAAGGAUGGCGGCAACCACAGCGCAAACUCCAAAAGGCUGCUGCUACGUCAAAGGCGCCAAUUGAAAGGUUUGGCACAAUGAAAGAAGCUAUCGAGUUCGACGUGCAACGCCUUCUAGUGCUUGUGUCCCCCUGGCCGGCGAGAUUCCCUUCCCUCAACGCAGCUCGAGAUCAUGUCUUCAGCUUCGUGAAGUCCACUUCUUUCUCAUUCACAUACUGGCCCGAGGUCGGCGAUCACCGCUUCCGCCUAUUUGUCAACUACAACACGGCAAAGCGCGCCUUUGAGCUAGGAAAGUUCAGGAUCGAAGUUGACGAGAAAGAAGAAGAAGAAGAAGAAGGAGGAGGAGAAGGAGGAGGAGGAGGAGGAGGAGGAGGAGGAGAAAUCCUCAUAUGUACACGCAAUGUACAAGAGGCAGCCCAAGAAAUCACGAUGCCGUCUGUGGAUGAGUUAGAUGAGGAUCCUUUCAAGGAUCUCAUUGCUGUCUUGAAGCGUGAGAGCAUUCUCAAGAUAGCUUUUGAGUGA